CACUUUUUAGCAGAAGCUGCACCAACUUCACAGUCACUGUCAUUAUUGCCACCAACCAAAGUCAGUUAGAAUAAUUCAUGUUAUUAUAGAAACUCGUGCCUAGAUAAGAAGAGUUGCCCAAACUAAAGGAACCCGUAACUCUGGAAGAGUCUGUGAGAUCCUGCAGAUAAGACCAGCGUCUCCCGGAGGAGGAUUCAGAGAGGACAAACCGGCCGGGGGAGCAGGAAUAAACCUUUUAGUCGUCCCCGGGAGCCCGACGCCACCAGAAGAGGAGCAGCUUCCCAUCUUCAGACGACGUGGGACCGACCCGACCCGGUAAGGACCCGGAGACAUGAGUGCGUUGGUGGAGGCGGCGGCGGGACUGGCCCUGGGAGCCGCGGCAGGGUGCAUGCUGGGAGCCACGGAGGACCCGGUGGACGCCACGCUGGCGGCCAUGACGGCCAGCGGCCCGCUGAAGCCGGUCCUGGAGGAGGUCCGGGCCGUGGGGCCCCUGGGCCUGGGCACCCUGAUGGGGGCCACGGCGCUGACGGCUGCCAUGACGUCGGUCAUCGUCGGCGUGGUGCUGGCGGCGGUGGUGGCGGCGGCGUUCGUGGCCACGGGGAGCUGCGGCCCGGCGCCCCGGCGCUCGGCAGGCUUGUGGGUGUCCGCCGGCCUCGCCGGCGCCGUCGGGACCGCGCUCGCCGGAGCCGGGUUCGGGAUGGCGGUGGAGUCGGUGGUGCAGAACCACGGCAUGCUGGGACUCCUCUGGGCUCUGGGCGUCUUCACCGCGCUGAAGACGCCGCUCAGCUUCGUGCUGGCGGCGCUGUGGCGACGCGGCGAGGCCCGGUGCACCCUGGGACGCCACGCCGAGCGGGAGCAGGUCGAGGCCGCAGAGUGGCAGCUGAGGCAGCGGACGACCCUGCAGGUUGAGCGGAGGAUGGUGGCGCUGGAGGCCGGCGGCGCCGCGGGGGGGGCGGCGGAGGAGCGGGUGGCGUGGGCCGCCGAGCAGAAGCUGCGGGUGGAGAUGGAGACGAGGAAGACGAGGAGCGAGGAGGCCGCCGUGGAGCAGCGCACCGCCCGGGACUGGGUCCGCGCCGUGGUGACCCGCUACGUCGACCUCCUGGCCUUCUCCGGGGUGCCGAUGACGCUGGUCGCCGUGGCGACGGCGGGCCUGGGCCUGGCCGGCUACGGCGGCCACCAGGCGGCGCUCAUCGCGCUGCUGGUCCUGGUCGUCGCCAUCGCGUACCUGCUGAUGUCGUCCUCCGACUUCCAGUUCUGGAUGCUGGUGGGCGUCAUGGCGAUGAUCGUGAGCUUCGUGGUCGCCAUGCUGACGCUGCACGCCGGGCAGCAGGCCGUGGAGGCCGCCCGGAAGCUGCGGGAGGCCGGGCGGGGUCAGACCCGGGAGAGCGUCGGCGGCCGCAUGGACCUGCAGUCCUCGCUGGAGGCCCUGAGUGCCACGGUGUUCGUGGCGAGGAUGUGCCAGCUGGGGCUGGGCGCCGCCGUCGGCGGGGCGCUGGCGCGGCGGGCGGCCGGGCGGGUGGAGGUGACGGCAGGGGCCGCGGCGGUGGCAGGGCUGCUGCUGGCGGCGGUGGAGGUCCUGGCCCCGGCUCUGGGGGACGGGGGCCGCGCCGGGGCCCUGCUGGGGGUGGUGGGCGCCGCCGGGGUGUCGGUGGGGGCGGCGCUCUCCGCGGCGCCGGAGGGGCAGCCCGUCUCCUGGCCGGGGACGGCGGGAAGGGUGGCCGGGGUGGUGGCGGGGGCGCUGGCGGCGGGGCGGUGGCAUGCCGUCAACAUCGGGCUGCAGCUGCCCGUCGCCUACGUGUUCGCCAGGAUCGACCCGGUCUGACUCUGGUUUUAUAGGGCUGAGUCGUCUUGACGUCAUCACUUGGCGGAGCCACCAUGUUGGAAGCUACCUUAGCUGCUCUUCGUACCACCCUCGCACU